CAUAUGCCGACCGAACGAAAGUAAAACCAAAACGGGUAGCUCCCUCUUCCUAUCGUUUUAUCCUAUGAGGUGUUGAUCAUUAUGAAGGCGACACCAAAAGUAGAGGAACUGACGCCGUACCAGGGUAAGAAUCGCUGUUUCGGUGAGUACAAGUGCCCAAAGUGCCAGCGGAAGUGGAUGUCGGGCAACAGCUGGGCCAACAUGGGACAGGAAUGCAUCCAGUGCAACAUCAACGUCUACCCACACAAACAGAGCCCCCUGGAGAAGCCGGACGGCCUCGACGUGUCCGACGAGACCAAGGAGCAUCCUCAGCACCUGUGUGAGAAAUGCAAGGCGCUCGGACACUGCUGCCGCCGCCGCCGGUUCCAGUAAG